GUAGUGAAGGGUUCCGUUGCCUCUACCACCCACAAGAAUUUAGGGGCUGGACAGUCUUUAAACUCCAGCGCUAAGCAGCCAGCCCCUGUGCAUUGAACUGCAACAGCCCUUAUCUCCCUGGUAACAUGUGGUGACAGCUGGGGCUGAGACGGUCACAAGAAACUUUGCCUAACUUGGUUAGUCUUCAGGCUGGAGCCAUGUGAGUGGAGCUCUUCAACCCUGAGGGUUAGAAACAACAUCCUGUUUCCAGCCGCUAUGUUUGUAUUGUCUGAGUUCUGAAAUGCAGAACAAGGCUUGAAUGUUGCAGAUGGUAGCCCAACCCUUCUUAGUGGACUGAGGGAGUGGAAAAGUGGUUAGAGCAGGCGUCCUAGCCUCAGGAUUGAGUAAACUUCUGAUGAUGCAGAACCCCGGUAGCCUCAGCGGAAGCACUUUUGUCUGGUGAUGAUGGGCUUGCUCUUUAACCUGCGUUGAGAGACAUCUUCAAAAAGAAAAAAAAUGAGGAGGCAAACAAAUCAAUAGGCAAAAACUGUGGAGCGAAGAGUUCAGGAUGUCCCACACAGUGACUUUCACCUUUCAUGCCCCUGAGAACAAGGAGACUAAGAGCCAGGACACAAGUCCGUAUGAUGAAGGUGCUGUACAUGAUUCCUUCCACCAGCUAAUCCAGGAGCAGAGUUGGCUGGCUGAACAGGAGAUGGUGGAAAUGCAGGAUCUGGCUACCAGAGGCAAAGACAAUGUGGCCUACGUGGCUUCUCCUCCCCGGCAGACUGAGGCUUGGGAAUCACCAGAUGAAAUAGCAGAGCAUCCUGAUUUCUGCUCAGCCACACUGCAGAUCCUUGCCAGCAUGCCCAGCCGAACCAUUGGCCGCAGCAGAGGAGUCAUCCUGUCCCAAUAUUAUAAUCGCACUGCCAGGCUGCGCCGUAGGAGCAGCCGUGCACCAUUGCAGGAAGUGUCCCGCUCCGCACGGCCAAGUAUUCGGCAGCUUGAUAUAGAGCUGGACUCUGGUCAUGAGGAAGAGGACAGCAAGCGCUGCUUGUUGGUGAAAGAACUCCGGAGCUUACCAGCAAAUCAACGCAUUAACAUGCUGCAAGCAAUGCCUCUAAGUUUGUCUGAAAAGCGCAGACUCAGGCAAGAUUCAAGUGGCUACUCAGGAACCUUGCGGAAACCCAAAACUACUGCUCCUUUAUCACAGUGCAGCCGGUUUAAAUAUCACAUCAUCAUCGGUUUCCGGAAUCUCUGGUACAGCCUGCUGUCCCUCCUUCAUGUUCUCCAGCCAUGGCAUUAUUCCCUCAAGCAGAUCAGUGGCCGCUUUGGAUCUAGCAUCCUCUCCUAUUUCCAGUUCCUCAAGACUUUGCUUACAUUUAAUUUCUUCUUGUUUCUGAUUCUGCUGGUUUUCGUGGUUGCCAUGCAGGCUGCUUACCCUUCUGCCAUACCCAACAGAGAAGCCUUUACAGGGCUUGAGCCCUUCACUGGAGCAGGCUUCUUCACUCAUACUCUGUUGUAUUAUGGCUACUAUAGUAAUUUCACACUAAAUGACCCCUGCACUUCCAUUUCUAAUGCCUCACAUUGUGGGCAGCACAGGCACGUCCGAAUGCCCUACAACAUGCCACUGGCCUACUUGUUUGUCACUGGGGUCUCCUUCUUUGUGACAUGCAUUCUUUUGGUAUACAGCAUGUCUCGCUCCUUUGGGGAGAGCUACCGUGUGGGCAGUACAUCAGGGGAGUUGGCUGUUAAAGUCUUCUGUGCUUGGGACUACAAGGUGAUCCAGAAGCGCUCCAUCCGACUUCAGAGUGAGAACAUCUGCACUCAGCUGAAGGAAUGUCUGGCUGACCACUGGGCCAGAUCACACCCAUUAAACUUGUUUAAGAGACUGCAAAGGCUAGUAAUCCUGUUGAUGGCCUGGACUCUAUCCCUGGGUGCCAUUUUGGGCUGUGUCAUUGGUGUCUACUACUUCUCAGAAUUCAUCCACCAUAUUCACCAGGAGAAGCUUUCAACAAGCAGUCGUGCUGGCAAAGAAGCCCUACUCCUGGCCCUACCACUGCUGGUGUCUUUGAUUAACUUGUUGGUCCCCUAUAUGUACAACCUCCUGGCUGCAUGGGAGAAGCAGGAGUCUCCAGUCCUAGAGGUGUAUGUUGCUAUUUGCAGGAACUUAAUUCUGAAGAUGGUUAUUCUAGGCCUGCUGUGUUAUCACUGGCUGAGUCGGAAAGUGACAUCUUCAAAGAUUCAGUGCUGGGAAACAUUUGUAGGGCAGGAGCUGUAUCGCUUGGUGGUGAUGGAUUUCAUUUUCACCCUUCUGGACACCUUCUUUGGAGAGCUGAUGUGGAGAGUGAUUUUAGAGAAGAAGCUGCAGAGUAAACGAAAACCUGAGUUUGACAUUGCUAGAAAUGUACUGGAAUUGAUUUAUGGACAAACCCUGACCUGGCUGGGGGUCUUCUUUGCCCCACUCCUCCCCGCUGUUCAAAUCAUCAAGUUGCUGCUCUUGUUUUAUAUUAAGAAGGCCAGCUUGAUGAGAAAUUGUCAGUCUCCUAGUAAACCCUGGCGUGCAUCUCACAUGAACACCAUCUUUAUCACCUUGUUGUGCUUCCCUUCAUUCCUGGGUGCCUCCAUAUUCCUCUCCUACACCAUAUGGGCAGUGAAACCUUCAGAGAUUUGUGGGCCUUUUCAAACAUUUGAGACCAUCUAUGAUUCUGGGAAAACGUGGGUAGUGGAGUUGGAGCAAUCCAGCCCAAAUCUCACCUGGUUUACUUGGAUUCAUCAGCAUCUGAUUCAAAAUAGCUUUUUCCUGUUUUUAAUCUCUGGCAUUUUGCUAGCUGUGAUCUACCUCAACAUUCAAGUAGUGAAGGGGCAACGUAGAAUCAUCACUCUCCUGAAGGAGCAGAUUGCCAACGAAGGAGAAGACAAGAUGUUUCUCAUUCAGAAACUUCAUACUAUAUAUGGGAAGUGAGAGAGCCCUGCAGCAGAAGAUAAGUUUAUAUUUGGAGGGUGAAUCCUUAUUCUCUGCUCAAGAAGAUUCUUUGGAGAUGGAGAAUAUAUGUGGGACUUGCUAGGCCUGCUCUGAGGAACAGCCCCAUGCUUCUGAAAACAUCAGCUUUCAUAGUAGGCUGAUUUAGAAGAUUACACAGGAUUGUCAUCUGCUUUCAAUGCAAGAGCAUUUGCUUUUAACAUUUAAGAGCAAUUUCAGCUUCCAUGGACAAACAAGUGGACAUUUCCCUUGCGCUGGAGUAAAAGAUCCUAAACUGCUUGAAAGUUAUGGUGAGUGGGUUUUUAAAAAGAGAAUAACCAAACCAGUGGAACUUUUAAGAGGCAAAAUGGCCCGUGGGCUUCCUAUAGUGGACUUAUGGAGUCAUGGGAAUACAAUGUGAAAAUUGGAAGAGGCUUGCUCAAGCACCCAUCAAAGAAAUCAUGAUUUGACGCUAUUAAAGCACUCUUCCGGAAACUUCCCAUCUAUAUAUUUUUCCCAUUUCAUUUUCUCCUUUGCUGGUAAUGUGAUGUAUCAUGACUAAGCAGUGAUACAUAUUGAUUUGGUUUGUGAAGUUCUUGUGAAGAACACCACAAUCAAGUCAGUUACAUGGAUGUAUCUGCAUUUUACCUCAUAGCUGUGAACAGGACUGUUCUUCAACACUGAGCACCAUUUCACAUAUAGGCCUGUUACAGACAGCCAAAAUAAAGCUGCUUCGAGUCACAGUGGAGGUAUGAUGUUUCAAUGAUGCAUG